GUACGAGAAAAAUCAAUUUCUUUCAUUUUUCCUGUACUUGCUGAAGAAAAAAAAAGAGCAAGUAAAUUAGAAGGAAAUAGGUCAACGGAAAACCACCGUUUCUGGAAAAUGGCGUCAGGGGAAACUGUUUUCCUCUCUCGAUGGUCUGAACCAAUAACCACGACACUCACAGCUUCAUCUCUUCUCCAGGUCUGACCAAAGACCACCAUCUCGACCAAGCCUGCAAAAAGAUCACUACUUUUUUCUGUUCUCGGUUCACAGAUUUGCUCCUUGUCCUGUUAAUCAUCAAAAGCUACUCUCUGGGUUUCAUUUCUCAUUCUUGCUGCUGCCACUAACUGUUAAUCUCAAUACUUAAUCACCUACUUCAGAUGGAUGAUAAUCAGAUUCGCACUUCAAUCAUGGGUUCGGCUGCUUCAGUGAUAGCAGUGGGACUUGUAGUUCUUAGAAAGUUAGGAUCUACAAAUUCCAUACCAAGAGAGCCGCAUGUUGAUCAAGAAUGUGAGAGGGAAAGAUACAUGAAUACUGUUUUAUAUGGGAGUGAGACUCAUUGUGUCAAUCAGAUACGCAUGACACCUGAUGCUUUUUUCUCAUUGUGUGAUUUUCUUAAAAGGCAUAGUCUAGUCCAUGCAACAAGGGACAUGCCCAUUAGGGAACAGAUGCUCAUAUUUCUAUCAAUCAUUGGAGAUGAUGUGAGUUUAAGAGUAAUAGGUGGUAGAUUUUAUAGAUCUGUUGACGCCAUCCACCGCUGCUUCAAACUUGUAUUAAAAGCGGUCCUGAAGCUCCAUAGGCAUGUUAUCAAGUUACCUGAUGAGUCAACUCCUUCAAAAAUAAGCAGUAGUCUACGAUUUUACCCGUACUUUAAGGAUUGUAUUGGGGCAUUAGACAAAACUCAUGUCCGUGCAUCUGUUCCGAUUGACAUGGAAGAAAGGUUUCGUGGGCCGAAAGAUGGAACAACACAAAAUGUCUUUGCUGCUGUAACCUUUGACCUAAAAUUUGCCUAUGUACUUGCUGGUUGGGAAGGGAGUGCACAUGAUUCUCGUAUUUUAAGCAAUGCACUUUCGAGAACAAAUGGACUUAAAAUUCCUCAAGGCAAAUAUUAUCUUGGUGAUGUUGGUUUUGGCAUCAGAAAUGGAGUUAUCUCACCUUACCCUGGUGUGCGAUAUCACUUGAAGGAGUUUAACGACUAUCCCCCUCAAAAUAAAAAGGAGUUGUUUAAUUAUCGUCUCUCUUCCUUACGAACCAUCAUGGAUCAAGGCUUGGGAGUUUUGAAGAAGCGUUUUCGUGCGUUGGAUGCUGAACCAUUCUGGCCAUUUGAAACUCAGGUAGACAUAGUGUUAGCAAGUUGUAUCAUUCACAACUAUGUUAUGGGAGUUGACUCUUAUGACUCAAUCAUGCAAGAGGUAGAUCAUGAAAUGGGUAUUGGAACUGAAAGUGAGAGCACACAACAAUUGCAGAGGCAAGAUAGAGAGGAAAACCAAGAGUGGAUGAACAGGAGAGAUGAAAUAGCGCUUGCAAUGUGGAAUGAUUAUAGUAGUAUUAGACUUGUGUAACUUUUUUGUUUCACAUGUGUUCUUCUGCUCCUCCUCUUCUUUAUUCUUCAUUUUUUUCCUCUCCUUGAAACCUUGCAGUGUAAGAACAUACUUGUUGAUUGACACACUUUCUUCGGACAAUAUAUAUGACAUUACUUUUUGAUACUGUUUGAACAA